ACGCUUCAGCUUGGGGGAGCUAAACUUACUGCCAUGUUUUCCAUCACAACAAUGCAAGAAGUACUUGUUUGUCAAUAGCCCGUAAUAGAGAAAAAGAGGUGUUGACAAUGGAUACCAUGAGGGUCAGCGAGAGGAUCCCCAGGGAAAUUUGCUACGAUCGCGAAGGCAACAGCGACAAGCUGCUCAUGGUUUUCGACAAGAAAAGCCUCCUUGUUGACUCGGUCUCCGUAUACUCGUCGCGGUCAAGGCCGAGUCUCAGAGCAACUAGUGAUAAAGGCGCCUCUCUCAAACCGCAUGCGGCCCAAGUCAAAGGGGGUCCCAAAGGAGUGUGCAGACCGAGGCAAGGGUUUCGUAGACUACUGAAAACCACUCCCUUUGUGGACCUAUCAUCCAUCACCCUUUUCACAGAGGAUGAUGGCCCACAUGACGUUUUUCAGGUAGGCUUUCGGAGACUUUUUGAUGUCACGUCGACAGCAACGCCGCCGAAAGUUGGUACACCGAAAGUUUACUCAGCAUCAGCCAUGAAGAACCUUCCAGCCAAGGACAUAUUCAAGCCCGAUUUGAAUGCUUACGAAUCGAGUUCCGAUACGCGCGAAAUACCUGAGAAGCUAGCUCCGUUGGCAGAUGUCAAGCAAGCAAAGGUUGAGUCGAAGAAAGAAACAAAUGGGGGCAUCUCCGCCAACGAGAUCUCCUCCGCGGGGCAGCAGGUUGCAAGGAGCGCUCCAAUGGAAGCUAGAGUUGUUGCUUCGGACUUGAUAAAACAGAAAGCGGAAACUACACCACUGCACCCAGUAAAGCCUGAUGCACACAUCCAAUCGAGCGCGACAUGGAAAGCGAUAAAAUUCGAGGCACAAUUCACAGGUUUCGCCGUUUCUGCCUUUCUUUGCUACUGUGUCGCACAUUUGACGAUCUAUGAGUUGAUCUACGCAGUGUUCUUGGAGAUAACAGAUUUGAAGUUCCAGAAUCUGGACUUGCUGUACUUGGGGUUACUCUUGGCAGGGCUGGCAGUACUCAGACUGACGGGGUUCUUGUGGUAUUUUCUAUCGAGCAAGAGGUAUCGCCAAUCCAAGGCAGAAAUGAAAGAACGUGCAAUGGCACAGUCCUUGGAUGUACAAAUCUCAGAUUGGAUCGAGGAAAAGCCCGCCCUGAAGGUCACUGUGGAAGUGGUUGGCUUUUACCUGUGUUACAUUUCGCUGUGUUUCUUUUGGGGUAGGUUUCUGUCCCUCUUUUUCGACCAGAAAGAGGAGCUCUACAAGAUGCUACCGAGUACUGAGUACUAUGAAAGGGUAGUGAGGGACGUGGGCACUUUGGUGGAAGAUGAUAGUUCUUGCACCAUGGCGCAGAACUUUGACGUGGAAGACUAUGAGUUCAUCUAUCAAAACGUGGCCAAGCACUCGUACUACCAGUUCAGCGGGAGCUCUGAAGCCCCGCUCUAUUCGGUGGGGAUGGGUGCCGUCGCGUAUGUCUCAGCAGCAUCAUUGUCCAUCUUCUGCCUUUCGAAGGUUGGCUUUGGCUUUGUUGACAACUGGUGAGACAUGACACCAGCUAGCUAGUUUGAAGAAAAAGAAGAAGAGUGCGUGGUGCAAGUAUUGUAAAUGUGGGUCUGUGGUGCUGUUGCAAAUGUGGGGGGGAUUGCCGCGAAAAGUUGAAUCGAAAAGCAUGAAGGGCCUGAUAAAGCAAGAAGAUAAUAAAAAGAUAGUAUUGCUAGGCACAGAUAUCAUCCGAGA